AACGCUCUUAAUGGAGAGAGAUAGCAUCUGUGACACAAGGCUUGAAUUGAAAUAACUCUGUCUCCUCGACUGAGAAGCGUAAAAAGCUAAUCAAGGUCAGUCAUCACUGUCAUCGAAUGUCGGAAGUCGUUCGUAAGAAAAGGUCGAAGGUCACGUCUCCUACCAGCAGUAUCCUCAACCAGCGGUAACACCGGCAUACGAUGUUAACGGGCUUCUCAGAUUAUCUCUUCAUUUCACCUCCGCCUCAUACAGCGACCCAAUUGCUACUGCGUGUAACGAUCACAAAAUGAACACUAUGUUUUACUUCAUAAUCUUUGUCUUACUUCUCAGUUGCAUCUUCGCAGAUGUAAAAAGCAAUCCACCAAAGAUCAUAACUAAAGACGGUAAUAUUGUGAUCAAGGCGGGUGAAGACGGGGAUAUCGUAUUCGAGCCGAGUGCAGGGAGACAAGUCCGGAUAGGUGCUGCUGUGCUGAAUGCUACAAGCAGUCAAGGACCAAAAGGCGAGCCUGGAGCAAGAGGACCCCCGGGUGUGGCUGGUCCUAAAGGCGACAGAGGAGAGACUGGUGCCCAGGGCCCGCGCGGACCACCGGGACAAGUCCUGUACAUGAAUAGCACCAGCGGCAACACAACUGCCGUCCCAGGGCCAAAGGGAGACAAAGGAGAUCCCGGCAGACCGGGGUUGAACGGGACCGAUGGUCGUCCUGGACUUAAAGGUGAACCCGGAGAGCGAGGAUUGGACGGGGCUAAAGGAGCAAAUGGCACCAGAGGGGAGCUGGGACCGAAGGGUGAUAGGGGCUUGCCUGGGAGAGCCAUCAGCCCGUCUUUUGCGAGCUGCACAAAUGAAAGCGAUGUUGGACAGAUGAGGUUUGAUAAUGGUUUCCUGCAGGUGUGUACCGGAACAGGGGGGUGGAGGUCUAUGCAGUAUCAGGGCUGCGAGCCCCUGAACGUGGCUCAGAGGAAUUUGGACGCAUUCAAAAAGUCAAGCUUUGCGGUGCUGUUUCAAUUUAACAAAAACUUGGAUGUCAAUCUUGGCAAUGGGACCACAGAAAACAUUACAGCAGACUUCCAAAAUGGUUCUCUAUCCCCCUCCCCGAGCUACGAAGAAAGUGCAAUGGGAUCAGCGAUUCACCUCACAGGAAAUCAGCACAUCAACUUCCAGGGCCUCCCCCUCAAGAUGUGGAGCCGCUCUGAUUGGUCCGUGAUGGUAUUUCUAAAGGUUAUCGAUAGUGGAUUGAACGCGGACAAGGAGGUGCCCAUAUUGGGCUCUGGGACAACUCAAACUGGACGAGGAUUCCAUUUGGGUCUUCGACGAAAGAAACUGCUGAUUGGUUUCUAUAGCAACGACAUGGAAGGGAAUACAGAAUUAAACUAUGACCAGUGGUACCACGUGACCUUUAUUUGGAAGUCGUCAGGGUCGAGAGGGACUAGACAAAUAUUUAUUGAUGGCGUCCUUGACAAGGAAGAAAACGAUGUGGUCUACUAUAGCGGCGACUCAGACAACAGUGAGAUUGGAGCGUGGUGGGACUCAUCAAAUAAACCUACAAACCUGGUGAUUGACACUCUUUACAUUAUAAAUACUAUAGUUGACUACAGAGUGCAACCCGACGCGCAGACACUCUGCCAGGCACGUGGAGUUAAUUCAAACAUGCCUUGAGCUAAAUGUCCUAAUAAACUAGUUCAAACGUUUUCAUUCCAAAAAAAAAUAUGGGACACGCUGCAAUAACUUGAUUUAGUUUAGAGUUUUGCACUUUUGUUGAUCCAGAAAUUCCAGAAAAGACCCCCCUACCCCAACGGAAUUUUCAAUUCAUUCCGUAAGGGGUAAGAAUCUUUUUCGAAAUCACGCAUUUGAUUAAAAAACCAAUUGAAGUUUUAAUAUUAUUAUUAUUGAAGAAUAAAUAGACCACAGAUCAGUUCUAAAAGGACUAGGUAGUCUACGUAGCGUGGUAAAAUCGGGAUAAAAUCAACUUGAAAAUGUAUGUUUUAAGCCUAUGUGAAACUACUCUCUGACUUUUUUACAGAGGUGUAAAACACCUAUUCUAAUCUUGUUUGCCUGUUCUCGAAAAAUGUUUUUCAAUUUCGCUAGCUUAUCAGGCGUUCACAAUAGAGCAAUCUCGUAAACUAGAUUAUGGGAGUACAGGGGGAUUAUAUACUUGAGGCGAAUGAGACAUCUAGAUGACAAUAGUAUUCUUGGACGUUCUAAACUCUUGGCGUGGAAUUGUCUGACGGCGUUGGGUAAGAUUUUUCCUAUGACGUCACUGUACAAAACACUGGAAGCCCGAUCCAAUUUUCCUUGCAAAUUCGACUAUCAUAUCCAAGAUCUUCUUAUAAUCAGCACUGAUGUAGAAGUGAGUAAAAAGAUAUUUAAGCUAAUGGGGUUGCUCUAUUUGCCAGCACGUUAGUUGAUAUAAUUUUGAAAUUUGUCUUUGAAAAAAUAGAGGGAAAUUUUGAUUGUAACUCGUUUUCGUUCGUUCUAAAUUUUCGUUCUUUUGUAAAAUCUACUGGUAUAAAUCUGUGACGUAUUUAAUAGUUGGUGAUUGAUUUGUUUAUUAAUAGAAAAUAGAAACUGACAGGGACUUAAAAAAACAAAAGGAAACAGUCCAGAAAUUUUGAGACGAGACGUGUUAACGCGUCGAUUGUCGAUUUUAACAUUUCCGUGACCAUAAUUAGGAAAAAUAAUAUAUAUAUAAAGCCUAUUUGAUAAUAAAGUAAGUUACAUAUUGA